CCCGAUCGCGUUCAACAACUAUCUCGCAUGGUUUCUUGCAAGUACCCGCGUGGAGGUAUGCCAGCCGGCGUAUGCUGAGGAGAUUCUGGAAGAACCCACCGUUUUUGAUGAGGUAGCCCAGCACCAGUACAACGCAUUAGUCAGGAAAGGCAACUCGGUGAUCCCUUCAGCUCCAAUGAUGAACUUUGUGCGUGCCCAGUUCAAGAAAGCAGCUGACGAGACCGAGACUAUUCUGGAAACAACCCCGGCUGGCAAAAGCGAUGGGGAAGGUGCACUUCGAGAAUUCAUUAAGGUUCACAUCUCCUUCAAACUAGCACUUAACAUUUGUUGGUACGUUCCAUGUCUCAUUCACUUGUACAUGUUGCAGCGCCAAGGCCAAAAGUUAAGGCGGCUAUCAAACCUUUCCGGUUGUCGUGACCCCGAGUAUGUAUCACCAGAACGGUCUAGGUCGGCGACACCAUCAGAUCCCGCUUCGGGGCAGAGCCAUGGUGAACCUUUCACGGAUGAGGAUGUGGGUGGGGUCACCCAAGAGGUUGCUGAUGAUAUGACCUUGGGGACGUACCGGGCUCGGUCUGCAUAUGAGUUGAAGCCUAGGAGGGGAGUCAACAAGUACACACCUGAAGACUUCACCCAAAGAGUUGUUGAACUGUGGCUGAAAGAACUGUGGCUGAAAAAGACCCAGUAG